UUUCAUUUUCCUUAGAGUGUCACGUGCUCAUUCGUAGAAAUAUAAAACGCUAGUGCCAGUCUCUUGAUAUAUUCCCGGUCUUAUGGACGACGAUUAUGAUGAAGAGAUUAUGGACAGUGUUCAAGAGAAUUUGUACAAAGUUUUAGUAAUCGGCGAAUAUGGAGUAGGAAAGACAUCUAUAAUAAGAAGAUAUACAGAAGGAUAUUUUUCUCCCAACUACAAACUAACGAUAGGUGUUGACUUUGCACAAAAAGUUAUUGAUUGGGAUGAAAGUACAAGAAUAAAUUUGCAACUCUGGGAUGUAGCUGGGCAUGAACGAUUUGGUCACAUGACCAGAGUUUAUUAUAAAUAUGCAAUUGCUGCCGUAAUUGUCUUUGAUCUUUCAAGACCAGCAACAUUUGAAGCAGUAUCUAAGUGGUACAGUGACAUCAGUCAAAAAGUAAUGUUAACCAAUGAAAAACCUAUACCAAUCAUACUUCUAGCAAACAAG